AUAUUUAUUUANCGUAAGUCUAACCCCCUCAAAGAAGCAGGGGGAAUCCCUGAUGUAUAUUUAUUAUUAUUUUAUUAUUACCAGGGAUAAUUAACGUCAAAAAGACUAGUUUUUUGUUUUCAAAAAUUGACAGUUAUGAUGUUUGAUUUAUAAAUAUAAUCAGUCAAUGGUUUAAUAUGUUAUUGAUACGAUAAUGGUAGAUUUUACAAUGGCUUUAGUGUUAGAAACAAACAAUACUGAAAGCUUGAAAUAUUGCAAAUUUCCUGCUUACAUGCUAACUACCCGUCUGUAUUAUUGUUAUCAAGACGAAAAUUGCUGUGAUAAUGGUUGUUGCCCGUCGAGUUCUUUCGGUAGAUUCCCGUUAUGGGAAUACUGCGUUUUCCUUAUAGUUCUGUUAAUUAUAUUAAUUGGUGGUAGUUGGCUGUGUCAGCAUCCUAAAUGUACUGCAAGUCAAUCACCCAAUUCUCGUACCAUAUCAUUACCAUCGUACGAAGCGCCCUACCCAAGGCGAUCCGCCCAUUUCCGGACAUGUCCCUCGUCCUCGAUCAACCGUCACAGACAACAAGUAAACAGAAACCCAAAUUUGUGUCGCAAUAUCGAACAUGAAACUCUCGACACCAGCGUAAUAUUAGACAGACUUUUGGUUUCACUUAGAAAUCGUCCUGCUUUGGGGUCUGACCCUCCGAGUUACCAUUCCGUGGUAAAAUACAGUAACAGUUCGAAAAUGGCCCUUUACGGUCCCCCGCCCAGUUACAGCGUUAUCAUAAGAAAAAAUAACGAAAAUAACGCGACUGGAGAGGGCCCCUCGACUGAUUGCACCCCCUCUAACUCUAAUAAUUUGCAAACUCAUCAAGAAAAUGGCCCCCAAAGUGCGGGUACUAGCAUCAAUGGCGCCGUUAACGAAAAUAUUGUAAACGUGGAGAUACACCGAUGUGACAAUGAGGAGGGAAAAACGGACGAAACUCCGAAAGACUCCAGCACAUAAAAUCUAUGAUAUGACUGAAAAUUUGCACUUGUCGUAUACAGGGUGUUCCACCCAAGGCGGUUUCCUCUAUAACUCGAUUAUUAUACUUUUAAUAAAAAAAAUGUUUUUAUAAAAGUGGACUCGAAUUACAUGGUGCAUACACGGAAAAUAUUUUUAGUUAUACUGGGUGUUCCGUUUCUUUUGGACGCUCCCUAACUUCGUUAUUUUAAAUGGAACACCCUGUAUAUUUUUAUAUUUAUGGUUUCAAAAACUGUUGAAUAUCUCGAAAACUACUAGAGAUAGGUGCAGGGAACUGUUAAUAAAAUCGACCUAGAAUUAAAAAAGGAAGCUAAAUUUGUAAAAAUAUACAGGGUGUUCCAUUAAAAAUAACCAAGUUAGGUGGCGUCCAGAAGAAAUAGAACACCCUGUAUGAUUAAAAAUAUUUCCUGUGUAUGCACCGUAUAAUUCUAGCCUACUUUCAUAAAAACAUUUUUUUAAAUAAAAGUAUAAUAAUCGAGUUAUGGACGACUUAGGUGCAACACCCUGUACAAUAACGUGCACAGCGUUAUCAUUAUCAUUUUUCCGUCCUAUCUCCUUAUCAUCUAGCCAUCCCAAGAUUGUCUUGUGUGUUGUACGAAAUAGACACAAUAAUAAAAGUGUUAAAAAUCGAAGUCGAAGUUUCUGAUUCCCGUUUGUAGACUUAGAAAAUACAUACAUACAUACGUAUAUAUAUAUAUAUGUGUGUGUGGAUAUUAUUAUUAUUAUUAUUAUAAAACGAACUGUAUAGUCGGACAAUCGAUAAUCGACGACGUCUUUGCAAAUGUAUUCGACGCUUGGCGUCCGCUAUGAUAGCUACGAGCGUCGCAAGGGCGUCGGCACUGUAGUGUUGUUGUUGUUGUUGUUGUUUACGAUGCGAGAAAAUGUAAUUUGUAAACCCCGAAUCAAAGUUUGUUGUUGUGCGAACCCGUAAUUACUAAUAAUAAUUAAUUAGUGUUUUCGUUUGUAUAAAAAACGGCCGAAAAAAUGAGUGUCAAGGUAAGGGUGAAAUAAUACGUAAAGUUACACAAAAACAGUAAGGUCGCGAAAACGAAGG